AUGUCAUCGUCAGCGCCCCGACAGGCUCAGUUGCCGCUAGACUUUGUGAUUGUCGGAGCGAGUAUCUCCGGUCUACUUACCGCGUUCGGCCUUGCGCGCUCGGGACAUCGCGUGCGCGUCUUUGAGAAGGCACCCGAGAUCAUUCGACAUGGCAGCGGAGUGCGGCUCGCACCCAACUCAAUGAAUUCGUUGAAGCGUUGGGGGUUCGAAGCACAGAUCAGGAAGUACGGAUCACCAGUGCAAGGCACUCUAUUCAUGAACAUGGAGGACGGGAAGGAGAUCGGAUAUACGGAAUGGGCAGACGAUCUCGUUAAGGAGAGCGGAUCGGUAUGGUGUGCCAUCAGCUACACGGACUUCAUUCGGAUUCUCUACGAAGCAGCUGCAAGCGUCGGUGUGAAAUUCUACACGAGUGCCCCGGUCGCGUCUGUCACCCCGCCAGAAGAGGAUGCUGAAAAUCAGCGACCUUUUAUCACUCUUGAGGACGGGCGAACGUUCGAUGGCGAUAUCGUCGUCGGAUGCGAUGGUGCAUACAGUGUCGUGCGGCGUGUUGUGGAGGAUCCGGAUGAGCCGACAGAGCCGCAACAUACGGGUCUCAUCAGCUUCGCGGGUGAUGUCCCCAUGGAGGAGAUCGCGAAGGACCCUUACCUGAAGAAGGACGACAUCAUCAACGGCAUGCCCUUCUGGGCAACUACCAACGGUGCGCUCCGAGGGAACCCGCAUGUAGGCACCGAUGGCAAGCACUAUAUGUUCCACUUGUUCUGGAAGGAAGACAUGGACGUCGAAACGACCUGGGAACCUGUUGUGCCUACGGACUCGUUGACCAUCACAAAAGCGCCCGGCCUUCAUCAAUCUGUCCAACGCUUGGUAAAGCUCGCGCCAAAAGUGUCCGUCAAGCGCUGGGACAAGUGGCCAGAGGUUGAGGACUGGGUCGAUUACUCCGAAACGGUGGUGCUAGUCGGCGAGGCGGCUCAUCCCGACUCCGUGCCCUUUGGUUAUCAGAACGCAGGCAACCCUGUGGAGAGCGCAACUGUGUUCGCAACACUCUUCUCUUACCUCCGCACCCGAUCUCAAAUAUCAACGUUCUUGCACGCAUACGAGGACUUGCGGCAUAAACGUGCCAGGGAGUUCGUCGCUGGGGAGAGCGAGACUGCCCAGCUCUUCUUCCUGCCUCCAGGACCAGAGCGUGACCGUCGUGACAAGCAGAUGGCGGGAACGUUGCAGAUGCGCGGGCAGACAGGAUGGGACUACGAGUUCUUGGAACAGCAAUGGAACGGUAUUAGCCACGUCUGGACGUACAACGGCGUCGAUGCAGCGGAGUCGUGGUGGGUGGAGUGGGGAAUUUUGGCCGAGCGUGCACAGCUCUCCAACGCCGAGUCCAACGGCAAUGGCUCUUCUAUCCGCUUCGAUACCCUCGACAUCAACGUAAGCGCAGUAGACCACGAGUGA